AGCUAAUCCACACAGAUUUUGACCGCGUUGUUAGGAUGUGUUACGAAGUUUCAGCUGCUGUUUAUUAUUUAUUCACAAUAUCAUGUUUCCACACUAUAGCACCCUUGUCAGUUAGUGCUAGUGUAGAAGAUGUAUUGGAGAAAGGGACUAAACUUUUAGCAUCCGGUAAAUAUGAGGAAGCUCUGUCUUUGUACAAUGAUGCCAUUGCAAAAAGUCCUGAUAGUUAUAUGGCUCACUAUAAAAGAGGCACAGCAUACAUCGCACUAGCUAAUUGCAGAAUGUCUCUUUCAGAUUUUAAUAGAGCUCUGGAGCUAAAUCCAGAUUUCGUUCCUGCAAAAAAACAUCGGGCGUAUGUGAAACAGAGGAUGGGGAAGCUGAAAGAAGCCAUAGAAGACUACGAGAGUGUGUCAAAUCAUGAUACUGGCGCAAGCGCCAAAAUAUCUGAAAUACACAAACUAAAAGAUCAGUGGGAAGAUGCUCGCAAACUUUUCGGGAACAGCAAAUACAAAGAAGCUCUUUCGUUACUGGAUAAAUUGGUAGAGUCAAUCGACUUUGCUGAAGAGCUACGUGAAUUGAGAGCUAGGUGUUAUUUAAGCUUGGGAGAAGUGCAAAAGGGUUUACAAGAAAUGAGAUUCGGUGUCCAUCUAACUAAUGAUAAUCGUGAGGGAUUGCUGAGAAUCAGUCAAAUAAUGUACGACUCUGGGUUUGCAGUGCAGGCUAUCAAUGAGCUUCGAGAAUGUCUCAGACUUGAUCAAGAUGAUAAGGCCUGUCUGAGUUUUUACAAAAAAGUAAAUAAAGUUGCCAAAGCUAUAACAGCCACUCAAGAGGCCUUGGAAGCAGAAAGGUAUUCUGAUUGCAUCAAGAAAGCAGAAGAGAUAGUGAAAUUCGAAUCUUCAAAUCCUGAAUACGCUAAUCAAGCGAAUAUUAGCCUCUGUCACUGUCAUGCAAAGUCUAAAAGUGCUGAUGGAGUCCCAUAUUGUGAAUCUGUUGUUCGACAUUAUCCUGAAAGCACUGAAUUCCAGCUCUACCAAGCUGAAGCUUACAUGAAUGCUGACCGUUUUCAAGAUGCCAUCUCAACAUACCAAAAAAUAUUAGAACACGAAUCAAAUAAUCGAAACGCGAAGGAGGGUAUGAAAAAAGCUCAGAAGCUUUUAAAAGCAAGCAACCGUCGUGAUUAUUACAAAAUACUUGGGGUUCCCAAAUCAGCUUCUAAAAAAGAUAUUUUGAAAGCUUACCGAAAAAUGGCUGCUGAAUACCAUCCGGAUAAAUUCCAGGGUGAAGAAAGAGUGCAAGCUGAGAAAAAGUUUGUUGAAAUUUCUGCAGCUAAAGAGGUUCUUACAGAUGACGAGAAACGUGCACAGUUUGACAAUGGAAUCGAUCCACUGGAUCCUGAACAGCAAGCUCAAAACCCGUUCGGUAAUCAUCCUUUCAGUGGUUUUCCGUUUGCCCAUAUGAAUCCAUUCGAAGGUGCUCACUUUGAGUUUCAUUUCGGAUAAAUUGGCAUUUUAAAAUCGACAAUUCAGUCUCCGUUUUUCUCAGCCUCUCUCACUUACUUUCAAGUCGUCUAGAAAAUUACUUUUUACUUUUUUACUACCUUGAUUUAGUCUUUCGAAGUGUCCUUAAACAUCGUGUUGUACAUAAAACCUCAGUUUUGCUUCUUUUUUAUUUUUAUGUUAUGGUAACUGAUCAGAUUGAUCGUAUCACCUCUGUGUUUUAUCUGAAUAAUAAAUGUCUUUUACUACAUUCCUGAUCGAAACAUGACUUUUCAAAAAACCUUCACCUUGUUCUCAUGUUGAAAUUUUUUAUCAAGUCAUUUGAGUUAUUUUAUUUUUAGGUGUGAAGAAAUGACUAUAGUACUUCGCCAUUUUAGGAUAUAAAUUCUUCAACUAACUCGUUUUUUAUCCAGAUAAUUCUCAUAACAGCUUGUUACAUUUCGCGUAUUUCAGCUGUUUCACCCUGGCUAAUAACUUCAUCAAUAAUCAGUUACUCGGUUUUCUUUUGUGAGAUAAAACGUUUAAUUACUUAAUGAUCAUGAAUAUUACUUUGUAAAAUAUUAAGCUUAAUUAAUACAGAUGGUUUCUGACUAAAA